AUGGUGCAAGCCAACCCACCUGACGUGAUUUCUGAAUUUCGUGCGUUAUUCCAAUCGGACAUGGGAACAUUACGCGGAUACCAAGCGAAUAUCACGUUACAGAAGGGUGCAAUUCCUAGGUUUCAGAGACAAAGAUCUGUGCCGUACGCUUUACAGGAGAAGGUCGAGGAGGAAUUGGGCAGACUUCAGAAUGAAGGGAUAUUGAAACUGGUAGACUAUAGUGAUUGGGCAGCACCCGUAGUCGUUGUAAGACGGAGAGACGGAUCUCUAAGAAUCUGUGGUGACUACAAAGUGACAGUCAACUCGUAUUUGGAGAUGAACGCAUACCCAUUACCAAAUCCACAGGACCUAUUUGCCACGUUAGCCAGGGGGGGGGGUAGAUACUUCUCAGAGUUAGAGAUGAAGCAGGCUUACCUACAAAUGAAAGUAUCACCUCAGAGCCAAAAAUAUUUGACUAUCAAUAAGUCAAAAGGCCUCUUUGCAUAUACUCGUAUGCCAUUCGAAUCAGUUUCGCGCCAGCUAUAUGGCAACGUGCUAUGGACGGAAUCUUAUCCGGAAUUUCCGGAGUUGGCUGUUUUUAGACGACACUUUGAUCGUUGGGAAAACAGCAGCAGAGCACGAUGA